AGAUAAGGAUCAGAUUUAUUGUGAAUAAGCACAAGUAAAGAGAGAUGAAAAUGAAUUUGAUUCAAUUUAAAGUCAACUCCUUGUGAAUAGUAGCAAUCCCAUCUGCAGAGGUUGAGGGGAAAAAAAAUCGACGAGGUACUUCUCUUCCUCCAUGGCAAAAGCCAAGCCCCAUGCAGUCUGCGUCCCCUUCCCGGCCCAAGGCCACAUCAACGCCAUGCUCAACCUCGCCGAAGCCCUCCACUUCAUGGGCUUCCACAUCACCUUCGUCAACACCGACUUCAACCACCGCCGCAUCCUUCGCAGCCGCGGCCCCGCCUCCCUCGCCGGCCUUUCGGAUUUCCGCUUCGCUUCCAUCCCUGACGGCCUCUCGCCCUCCGAUGAUGACACUGACAAGAACCAAGACCUUGUUGCGCUCUGCCUCUCCAUCAAACGCCACUCUGCCGCUCCUCUGCGCGACCUCAUAAACGCCCUCGACGACCCGAGCUCCGGCGGACCGCGUGUCACCUGCGUGAUCUCCGACGCCUUCACCAGCUUCACCCUUGCUGUCACCGACGAACUGGCCAUCCCCAAUAUUUUCUUCUGCUCGGUGAGUGCCUGCGGUUUCUGGGGCUUCUUCUACUUCAAGGAACUGAUGCAGAGAGGGAUCAUCCCUUUAAAAAGCGAAGAAGAUUUUACAAAUGGAUUCCUCGAAGCCGUAAUAGAUUGGAUUCCGGGAAUGCCAAAUAUGCGUUUGAAAGACUUGCCCAAACCCUUGCAGACUACUAACCCGAACGACGCUCUGCUAAACCACACCAAGGAUGAAGCACAAGCGUCGCUCCAUGCCUCGGCAGUCUUGUUCAACACUUUCCACGACCUCGACGGCCCCGUCCUGAAUGCCAUGUCGUCGGUGCUGCCGCCAGUGUACGAUAUCGGCCCCGUGUCCUUGCUCUGCCAGCACAUCCCCGAUCCUAAUUUUCUUACAUCAGCUGAUGGCGGAGCGAAUCUGUGGAGUGAGGAUGCGAGCUGCAUUGAGUGGCUGGAUGAGAAGGAGCCUGGCUCCGUGCUUUAUGUCAACUUCGGCAGCCUCGCCGUGUUAACGAGUGAGCAGCUUAACGAGUUUGCUUGGGGGAUGGCGAGCAGCGGCUAUCACUUCCUUUGGGUGCUGAGACCCGACAUUAUGGUGGGCGACCGGGCGGUUCUGCCGCCGGGUUUUGAAGAUGAGACUAAUAACCGGAGUUUCGUCACGAGUUGGUGCCCGCAGGAGAAGGUGCUCUGCCAUGCCGCCGUCGGUGGUUUCUUGACGCACUGCGGAUGGAAUUCGACGUUGGAAAGCAUAGGCGCAGGAGUUCCCAUGAUCUGUUGGCCUUUCUUCGGAGAUCAACAACCGAAUUGCAAGUACAUCUGUUCGGAAUGGGGCAUCGGGAUGGAGAUUGGGGAGGAGGUGAAGAGGGAGGAGGUAGAGAUGUUGAUCAAGGAGUUGAUGGGAGGGCAGAAGGGGAAGGAGAUGAGGAGGAAGGUGCUGGAGUGGAAGGAGAGAGCAGUAAAGGCUGCCACACCCGGUGGAAGCUCGUGGAGGAAUUUGGAGAAGGCCGUUGAGGAUAUAACAAUGAAAUAAAUUGAAUUAAAGAACCGUGAUCGUGUUGCUUGAUCAAUUAGAGAUCGAGGAAUUAGCUUGCUGUCCUGAAUCUUUCUAAGGAGAGAAAGCCAAGCAAAACACUGCAAGCUCUUCUUUGUUGCUAAUAAUCUGGCUCUUCUUUGUUGCUAAUAAUCUGUUUAAAUUGUAUCAAGCUAAUUUUUGCUAUGCGAUAUCAAAUCUGGCAAAAGAACAGUUGUUUU